CGCCGGAACUACCCGCCCCACACUGCGCUGCGCCCCCGCCCCGCCGACUACCGCUCCCAGGGGCCGUCGCGGCGCCCCGCCCCCUCGGCAGACCACUCCCCCUCGGCAGACCACGCCCCCUCGGCAGGCGGGCCCUGCUAACCUCCCCUCCCGUGAAGCACUGCGCGGCGAUCUCGCGAUAAGUGGUGCUGUCGGGAGGCGCGACCGUUACGUCGCCAUGGCCGACAGCGGCCGGCAGGACCGCCGAAGGGCCCGGCGCAGCGACAGCCUCCGAGUGCUGACUGCGGCCAAGGGCCGGACUGUAGCUGAUUCAGGAAAAGAGAAUAAUUCUGGCAGAAGCACCUUACUGAAACAGAGACCGACUGCAUUCCCUGAUCAUGACAAUGACACACCACGGCUUAUGCUCAAGAGAAUCAUUCGGACACAACCACAAGUUUCACCUCUGGUGCCUCAGAUAUCUCAACAUGAAGCAGCAGAAGAAGCUCGACCAGAACUCCCAUCUAAGAGGCCUUCAAGCAUGGGGGAACUGCAACUGCCAGACCUUGUUCCCGAGAGCACAUCUGUUGCCACCUUCCAUAUGACUAAGAAGAGAAAGAAACUCAGCAUUUCUGAAUUUGAGAGAGCAGCAGACAGACGACUUCCCCAGAACCAAGCUCAGUCAACGUUGGACAACACUACUUUGGCUCGAUCUCUUCGCAUGUCUCUUGGUUCCCUGGUCCUACCAGACAGUGUUGAAAAGAGAGGCUUGCUCCGGAGGCCGAAGAAUCGCAAAGCUAUUGAUGUUGAAGCUUUUGAAGGCGGAGUGGAACAGAACAUGCUGAACAGAAAAGCAGAAAACUAUCUUGUGGACUCACCAACAGCAUCUGGGAUUGGAACAGCCAUGCAGACAACAGAUGCGGAAAUCGUGCUGAGUAACACGGAGCUCUUUGUUCAGCCUCAGUUUGAACAGAACCAAAAUAAGCUUUCUGCUCUUGAACUACAGCUAUCAGAUUCAAAAACUUCAGCACAGAGAAGUGAGAUCUCUGCAGCUCAGGAGGCAGCAAGGCCAGUGGGCCUGGUAUCCAGUGUGGGCACAAAUGAGGGAAGGACGGAAAGAUACUCUGAGAAAGACUUAAUUCUUGAUCGUGAGCAUGUUGACGGAACAACUCAUGUAUCUUCUAAACCACCUGCAAACCAGCAAGAAGAUAAGCAAGAUCAUUCCCGGCAGAGUAACCCAAUGAAACAGCUUUUUGAUUCAGAAGAGGUGGUGGUUGGCACUGCAGAGCAUCUUGAAAAUACUGGAUAUUCUGAACAUUUGGAGAAGAAACUGACUAAAAAAGCAGAAUUGCAGAAAACUAUGGCACAGGAUGUGAGAAUGAAAACAGAAAUGGCCCUGUUGGAAGAUGACGGCAUAGCAGAAAGCAGCGUUGGGCACCAAGACUCUGCUGAAGCUGAACAUGAUAUUACCAAAGAUGUUGAAGCUGAAAGUCUGGGCAGGCAUGUCCAUGCUGUUUCCUCCCCUGAAAACUCUGGCAUGAAGCCGUUAAAAGAAGCUGUUGAACAAGCAGAUGAAGACCAGGCUGUCAUGGCAGAAUGGGAUGAUCCAGAAAAAGAGCCUACUGAGGAUGAAGCUGAAGACCCUGAGAGUGAAGAUGUUUCCAUGAAGACACCUGCAUUUGUCCGUGCUGCAGCUGACAAGCCAGUGCUGUCAACUCCACAUUCUGCAAAACCUGCUGCUCCCAAGGGGGCAACUCCACGUUCUGCAAAACCUGCUGCUCCCAAGUCUCCCUCGCAGCCACUGCGGGCCAAGCCAGUGAGGAGGAAAACAAGUGAGCCUCAAAUAGCAAGCAGUUUGAUAAAGCAGAUAUUUAGCCAUUAUGUGAAAAUGCCAGUGGCCAGAGAUGCCUACAAAAUUGUUGAAAAAUGCUCCCAGAGAUAUUUCAAGCAGCUAAGCAAUGAUCUGGAAGUUUACAGCAACCAUGCAGGGAGGAAGACAGUGGAGAUGGCUGACCUGGAAAUCCUCAUGAGAAGACAAGGGCUGGUGACAGACAAGAUGCCGUUGCAUGUGCUGAUAGAGCGUUACUUCCCUCUGGAGUACAGGAAGCUCCUGAUUCCAGUGGCUGUGAGUGGAAACAAAGUGAUCCCCUGCAAAUGACUGUGUCCUCCUGGCUGGGAAGUCGUCUGGCUGCAGGUUGCUCUGUGUGCUGUUUUCCAUCAGUAACCAGUGGGGCACUGUUCUCUAGAACUGAUGCAGGUUGUGCUGUGGCUACUGUGCCAGCCUGCUGGAUCUCACCAUUAUUACAAAUAAUUUUACUAUUCUGAAAUUUUUGAUACCUUUGAAUACUUAUACAGUUCUGAUAAAUAAAAUAUUAUGUGUAUUCUGCAUGAUACAAA